GGCUGGAGCAAUAUGGCCCUGCCUACCACAUGCGCGUUUUCGCCACCGAGCGUCUCGCAAUCGCCGACCCGGACGCGCUCAAGCACGUCCUUGUCUCGAACGCAAAGAACUACCCGCGCCAUAUUAUCUCCCGGUCGCUGCUGCGGUCCUUCACGGGCGGCAUUGGCCUCCUCAGCUCCGAAGACCCGACGCACGCCGGGCAGCGCAAGAUGCUCAACCCGCACUUUGCGUACGCCAAGCUCAAGACAUUCGUCGACAUCUUUGCGCAGCAUGCACAGACGUUCAACGCGCUCAUGGCACCGAAAGCCGACUCGUGUGACGUCGUCGAUAUGUUUGAUCUCAUGACCAAGUUGUCGUUUGACAUUAUUGGUCUCGCGGCGUUCGGACUCGACUUCAACGCGCUCCACAACGACAGCGCCGACAUCAUGGCGGCCUUUGACGACCUCAACACGGUGCCAACGCUCCUCUUUGCGUUUGGGAAUGCCUACGUGCCGGGCUUUGAGAAUCUCCCGCUACCCGAUUUGCGUAAGCGCAAGGCGGCCAAGAAGGUGCUCUUCCAAGCCGUGCAUGAUGUGAUUGCGACCAAGCUGAGCGCACCGCCAACGACGUCCCGGGACCUCCUCGACCUCAUGCUCGACUCACCCGAGCACAAGAUCACGGCGGACGAGGCGCGCGUGCACGUCAUGACCUUUCUUUUUGCUGGCCACGAGACAACGAGCAACACGUUGUGCUGGGUCUUUGCAAUGCUGGCGACGCACCCGGACGUCGAGGCCCGCGUCGUCGACGAGUGCCAGCGCGUCAUGGCGACCGGUCAACUGUCGUGGGAAGCGGUCGGAGACCUCAAGUACCUCACGGCCGUCAUCUACGAAACACUCCGCAUCAACCCGACCGUCACGAACCUCGCGACGCGCGUCUGCGCAGCAGACGACUACAUUCCGAUGGUCGACGGCAAACCCAUCUUUUGCCCCGCGGCGACGUUGGGAAUGAACGAAAUGCUGCGAGCGUGCCACAGCUUGGUGGCCUUGAGUUCAUCGCAUCCAAUGACCUAG